UGUCUGCUCUUAGGGGAUUGGCUGGGGGGACACUCUGCCAAUCUUGGAUUUCCUAUUAAAAAACAGCGAUUUCCACCCACCCCACAGAGACUUUUGUUGCAAGUAGUUACAAGGUGGUUGUUCUAAACUGGGAACCUGUUUUGAAUCUCAACCAUGAGACGCUUCCGCGAGAGCCUAGAAGAGACACCUUUUCCAGAAGAUGGAGACCGUGAACCUCCAAGGCCUUCAGAGCCAUCCCUACAAACUCCUAGGACCCAGGAUAGAGAAGGAAGCCCCACUGUUCCACCAUCUUCAGAGGUGCAGCCAGAAGACAUGGAGUCUCCCUUGCUGGCACUCAAGCUCUCUGAUAUGCAGUGGGUUCCUCUUGAGGCAGAAGCUCAUUUCUGCUUGACAGGCAUACUGGAUAUAAUCCCUUUGAUCUCUGCCUCUGGUACUGAAAGCCAUCCUGCCAGUGCUGAAUACCCCCUUCUGAGCCAUCUGACUGAUCCAGCGGAUGCUGCUCUUGUCCCUGUACAACCCAUGCAUCCCAGAACUGCCCGGUUAUCUUCCUCCAGUGCUGGGAGACCUCAUAGCAGUGAUGGAGGCCCAGGACUGCACUCUAUGUCAGCUGGUCCAGGUGAUGCUACUGUCCUUGAAAACCAAAGCGGCCAUGCUCUGUUCCCAGGUGUGCAUGCUUCUGCAGCUUACCAGGCAGAGACCUCCUACAUCUUGCCGCCAAAGCAGAGGAAAACCAGUUCAGAUGUCUGGCAACACUUUGUCAUGCACAGAACAGAGAAAAAUGUGGCACUGUGCAACCUCAACAGUGACCGCAGCAGCUUGGGCACUGCUCCACUAUGUGGGCAUCUAGUGACUUGCCACCCACUUGUUGUGUCCCCUGAACAAACAGCAUUGUCAGCUGCCCAGUUGCAGCCAGGUGUUGAGGACCUUGAGCCCUGGGAUCCUACCCAUCCAACAGUAGCAGAGUACAACACCAAAUGUGCCUGGGUGCUAGUGGAGAAUAUGCUUCCAUACUCCCUGGUUGAUAAUACUGAAUUCCGGGAGUUCAUGCAUUUGCUGGCCCCCAAGUGGAGGGUUCCUGGACAGAGUUACUUUAAAUGGCAAGCUGUGCCAGCCCUGGAAAGAGAACUCAUCAAAGCAAUUGAGCAAGAGAUGAGGAAAUCACUCUGCCCAGUGGUCCAUUUCACCACUGGUAUCUGGCCCAUAAAUCUCAUAACUUGCUAUGUAGCUUUCAUAGCACACUGGCUUAUGGACAAUGAUGGGAUUCUGUGCAGGCACCAGGCAAUGUUGGCUGUGUGUGAGACUCAGUACAGCAAGAUGACUGAAACCAUAUCCCAGAAACUAAAAGAGAUGAGGGUCAAGUGGUUCCAUCCCCUGCAGCUCACACUGGGGUAUGUGGCUUCACCCACUAGGACUCUAGCAAAGGUAGUGGAAGAGUCUUCUAUGGGGCCUCUUCUUUGUCUUUCCCAAUGCUUGAACCGGCUGAUAAAAAGCGUGAUAGCAAAUCAGCACUCUCCCAUUGCACCACUUUUGCAAAGCCUGGGCAAAAUCAGCAUGCACUUUGAGCAAUCCCCGGAAGCUCGCUGCCACCUGAGAGAACUGCAGCUGCUCUAUGGUGUCUGUGAGGAACUGCUGAAGGAAGAGAUGCCCAAGCCAUCAAGUUACCUCCAUUUCAGGCUGCAGUAUUUUCUUGACCAACAGGAUGUGUUCAGUGCUUACCUGAAGGAGAACCCUGGCCUUGAACUUGCACCUGGGGAUUGGAGGUUGAUGCACCAUCUACUCCACCUCCUGAAGCCAUUUGUGGAUACCCUCACAGCGAUUAGGAAGGAAAAUGCUUCCCUUGGCCAAAUCCUUCAUGAGCUCCAGUUGCUUGAGAGCAACAUCAAGGGAUACUUCCAGCUGCUGCAGCAAGAGACAGAUGCUCCUGUUGCUGCUAUUCACCUUGUCUCUGAGCUGCUGCAAUCCCUGGAAAGCAGUCAGGACCUAGGAAUAAUAAGAGAAAGCAUUCCCUACCAGACUGCAACCUUCCUCCAUCCACGUUUCAAGGACCACAUUUGCAAAUAUCUGAGGGGAGACGUGAAGCUGAGAAGGGAGCAAUUGAAAGAGAGGCUGAUAGAGCAGGUUAAAAAGGAAUACCUAAGACACAUGAAAACUGAUCGUGCAACUUCCCCUCUGCCUGGUGAAGCAAUACCUCAAUCCAAAGUGACUGAGGUGGCAGGACAGGAACUAGAAUCCUACCUGCAGGACGAGAUAGACCCUACCCAGUUGGACGUGGAUCCCUUGGUCUACUGGAAUGCCAAGCGGCACACCUGGCCCUCCCUCUCUGUAGUGGCACUCCAGUAUUUCUCCUGUCCUCCCACCACCAUGCAUUGGGAGAAGCUCCUUAGUACUAAUUGCUCAAUGACAUCAGUCAGAUUUCAGGAGAAGCUUGCAUUCCUCAGCGUGAACAGAGACUGGAUACCUACAGAAUUCAGGGUCCCCUGUCCAACCGCAUUCGUGAACAGAGAAGGAAAUGCAACACCGGGAGUAUGAAAUACAAGUCCUGUUUGCAGAAGCUGAUGAUGGGGAAUCGACUUGAGUAUUGGAUGCAUGGAGGGACAGGGCAUGAUUGGAUCUUGGUGGUGGUGGGACUUUGCAACAUGCAAAUAAUUGUGCUAAUAAUUAUGUCUGUCUUACACUGCUGCAUCUUUAAAAAAAACUUUUUGCAUUAAGCACACUCAUGUUGAUGUGUACACUUUAUCACUUCUUGCUGACUUAAGGGUUAACAGAUGUGUGCUGCUUGAUUAUCUGCUUUUAAUAGAUCUAUUAUAUUUAAAUAAAGGUUAACAAAAUAGCAA